AUGAAUCGUCUUUGCUUUUUACUUGUUGUGUGGCAGAUUGCACUCUCUCAAUCUAAGGUUGUAUCCUCUGUGGAAGGGUUCAAUGGUAACUUGCUUCGAAUAGUCAGAUCAGCAAAUAACGCUGCACCUCAAGGCAACUUGAACUAUAAUUCGAACUGUAAUGAAGCUUACAAAAACAUAUCUUCAUCCCAUUCAAUGUGUUUGGUUGAUGUGUGUACAGCAGUAGCUUUGUCACAAGAGGAAAUAGAUGCAGCAGUGGCCGCUCAUAAUGACUAUAGAAAGAAUGUGAGUCCUAAAGCUGCCGCUAUGCAGAAAAUGGUUUGGGAUGAUGAGUUGGCUGAAAUUGCAACAAAAUGGGCCCAACAAGGUCGAGCCGGGCACGAUACUAAGGAUGCAAGGAAAACCAUUUCACUAAAAGGUACCUACAUUGGACAAAACGCUGCUGCUGGUCAAGCAAAUCUUAUAGCAGCUAUUAAAGCAUGGCAUGAUGAAGUCGUUGAUUUCAAAUAUGGUGUAGGAUCUAUCAACGGUAAAGACGUCGGACAUUACACUCAGGUGGUCCAUCAUCAGUCUACACGAGUCGGCUGUGGUAAAGCUCAUUGUCCCGAUUCAACAUAUAAAUCGUACUACGUAUGCAACUAUGCUAUUGGACAAAUGGGUCUUACUCAUCCCUACAAAAGUGGAUCGUCCAGUUGUAGUGAUUGCCCUAGCUCCUGUAGUGAUAACCUUUGUGACUGUAAUGGUAAAAUAUGUUUUAACGGUGGUACUUUAGAUAUCAAUACGUGUACUUGUUCAUGUCCAAGUCUUUACUCUGGUGACCAAUGUCAAACCCUCCAAUGUACAAAAACAGAAAAAUCUUGGUGUAGAAGAAGUUAUACUGUAGCUGACUGUACCAAAUACAGUAACUUUCCCAUUGACUGUAAUAUGAUGUGUGGUGUUUGCCCCUACCCAUGUGAUGGAAAACAAUGUGAAAAUGGUGGAACUUUGGAUCCAAACACAUGUCAAUGUACCUGUAAAGACCCUUACACUGGUCCAACCUGUGCCGACAAAAGUUGUCCCGGACAAGAGGAAUGGUGGUGCCAAAAAUUCUUUACUGCUGCCGACUGCACGAAAUAUUCCAACUUCCCCACUGAUUGUAACAUCAUGUGCGGUGUCUGUCCAGCAUGUAAAAUAACAGCUUAA